CGUAAAACUUCUGCAGAGAUGAAUGUAAUCACAGCCAUAAAGCUCUACAUCAAUAAAAUGGCCAAUGAAUCUGGUCCGGGAAUGAAAAUUCUGCUGAUGGACAAGGAAACGACCAGCAUCGUGUCCAUGGCCUUCAGCCAGUCAGAUAUGCUACAGAAGGAUGUUUUUCUCUUUGAGAGAAUCGAUUCCCCUCGAUCUGACGAACGUAUGAAGCACCUGAAGUGUAUUGUCUUCCUCAGACCAACCAAGAACAACAUUUCCUUGCUGUCCCAUGAGUUGCGAUUUCCCAAAUACGGGUCCUAUUACGUCUAUUUCAGUAACAUCAUCCCUCGGACAGACAUCAAACUCCUGGCUGAGUGCGAUGACAGUGAAUCAGUGCGGGAGAUCAAAGAGCUCUAUGCCGAUUAUCUCUGUAUCAAUAACAAUCUCUUUUCCCUUAAUAUCCCAACAUCCAUGCAUGCCCUCAAUUGGACCCCCGAAGCUCUGGCCAGGAGUGUCGAUGGUGUAACAGCUGUUCUGCUCUCCCUCAAAAUGAAACCAGUCAUAAGAUUCCGAGCAGGAAGCAAUGUUGCCCAAGCCCUGGCCAAGCAGGUGAAUGAAAAAAUUACUAAAGAAUCUGCUCUGUUUGAAUUCCGGGUGCAGGAGUCUGGGGCUCCACCGCCCCUCCUAUUGAUUCUCGAUCGUCGAGAUGAUCCAGUAACUCCCCUUUUGAACCAAUGGACCUACCAAGCCAUGGUACACGAACUCCUGGGUAUCAAUAACAACCGCGUGGACUUAUCCGGAAUAUCCGGAGCUCCCAAAGAUAUGAAAGAAGUUGUAAUGUCAGUGGAUCAGGAUGAAUUUUAUGCAAAGAAUAUGUACUCGAAUUUUGGAGAAAUCGGAACUACCAUUAAGGGUUUGAUGGAUGAAUUCCAGAAAAAAGCCAAGGAUCAGAAAAAAGUCGAAAGUAUUGCUGAUAUGAAGAAUUUCGUUGAGACUUACCCACAGUUCCGGAAGAUGUGCGGAACUGUAACCAAGCAUGUUGUAGUCAUUGGGGAAUUGUCUGUUCAAGUUGGGAAGAAUCUUCUGUUCGAAGUGUCAGAAUUGGAACAAGAAAUUGCCUGCAGAACUGAUCAUUCGGCUCAGUUGCAGCGGGUAAAGCGUCUGAUUGGUGAUGGGAAGGCCACAAUCAAGGAUGCUUUGAGGUUGAUCCUACUGUAUUCUCUGAGAUACGAGCGUCACGCCAAUUGUGACAUCACCGGACUCCUGCAGACCCUCAAGAACCGCGGAGGACCUGCUCAUAUUGUGCCCCGGAUGCUGGAGUAUGCUGGUCAGCAUGCCAGGCAAGGGGAUCUCUUCAGCACUGUCAAGAUCACAGAUGCCGUCAAAUUGACGAGGAGCCUGAUCAAGGGCCUCAAAGGUGUAGAGAAUGUCUUCACGCAGCACUCUUGCCUCCUCAAGGAAACCCUCGAGGAUGUCAUCCGUGGACGUCCUCUGGAUCCCCUCUAUCCCUCAAUUGGAUCAGAACUUCCCUUCCGAAGGCCUCCGCAGCAAGUGAUUGUCUUCAUAGUGGGAGGAGCAACGUACGAGGAAGCCUUGGCUGUCUAUCAAUUGAAUGCUGCUGGCCACAGAAUCAUCCUCGGUGGCACAACAAUUCACAACUCAGACUCCUUCUGUAAGGAAGUAGUUGCUGCAACUGCAGGAGUUCCCUUCAAGCACACUCGCUCGCUGCAGCAGUUCCAUGCCUCAGACAAUGCCUAGAGUAAAUCACCAUAAGUUGCAUCAUAUUGUUCAUCCCUGUUUCUUUUCCAGCUGUUCAGUCUAAAUGUGAUAUAUGUUGUAAAAUAUAACCGUUUUUAUUUAAAAUAAAUCAUUCGCAAAAUUUAAGAAGAUUACAAAACCCGUAAA